AUGACACCUAAUUCUCAGGUUGAUCUUAUCAAGACAAAGUUUGGUUUUGAUGAAGCCUUCAACUACAAGGAAGAGCUGGUCGUAUCGCAGGAAGGAAAGAUAACGUACAUUGAGGACAUAGCCGAAGGACUUGAGAGCGGGCCUUAUGCUUUAAGAGGACUCUUCCACGGUAAGAACGUUGGUAAACAACUCUUUGUGGUUGCUCGUGAGUGA